AUAUCUGGAGAGCGAGAAGAGAACCGUUGGACACUCUCCCAGUCACAUAAUUGAGCGGUUCUUACUUCGGAGCGUCGCAAACCAGCAAGGUCGGCCCGAAUUCCGUCAAUUUCUGCAGAUGAAUUUGGUGUUGAACCGUUGCAGCAGCUGCGUCUUCGCCCAUUUCAAUGGAAUUUCGACAUACAGGCGGAAAAACAAGCUCAGCCAUGGCGGCGACAUGGUUAAUGUUACCAAGCAUGAUGCACUUGAGAGACUAGAAAGGUUGGGUUGCUACGGUGAAGCCGCUUUGCAGGAGAAAUGGAUCAAAAGGCUCAAACUUGCAAUAUUUGGCGGUGCUUUCGGAGGGGCAAACAUAGCUGCAAUCAACUCGGCAAAGGCCUUAGACUUGAAGAUUGUAUUGGAACAAGCCACUUCAGUUUACAGCUUGGCUGAAGAAAAUGUUGGAGAUUCUUUAGGGGGCUUCCUUUAUUCAGCUGGCCAGCAAGCUAAUGAAGCUGUUCUUGACCAGUUAUCAGCGCUGAGCGUAACUAGUUUGGCAGUGAUUUUCGGGGCAGGCCUUGUGACAAGCCUUUCUCCAUGUACACUGAGUGUUCUGCCUUUGACGCUUGGUUACAUCGGUGCAUUUGGGUCUGGCAAAAGCAGAGCCGAGGUUAUCGGGGAUGCAAUUGCUUUCUCGCUGGGAUUGGCAACUACCUUAGCACUUCUAGGGAUAGUAGCAUCCUUUGCUGGGAAAGCGUAUGGACAGAUAGGACAAGGACUGCCUCUGGCUGCAUCUUGUCUAGCUAUUAUAAUGGGUUUAAAUCUCCUCGAGAUUAUUGAGCUGCAGCUUCCAUCCUUCCUUAACAACUUUGAUCCUCGUGCUGCGGCUGCAAAUUUCCCUUCUAGUGUACAAGCAUACCUUGCUGGCCUCACAUUUGCACUAGCUGCCUCGCCUUGCAGCACCCCUGUGUUAGCGACCCUUCUCGGCUAUGUGGCUACAUCCAGGGAUCCGGUUGUCGGUGGAAGCUUACUCUUGACGUACACAACUGGUUAUGUUGCCCCGCUCAUCCUCGCUGCUUCUUUUGCCGGAGCAUUGCAGAGCUUGCUUUCGCUGCGGAAGAUCUCCGCCUGGAUCAACCCGAUAAGUGGCGCUCUGUUGCUUGGAGGAGGUUUAUAUACUUUCUUGGAUAGGCUUUUUCCUCCGGCUACCAUGGUUAUGUAACUCUGUGUGUAUGUACACGCACACAGACUCGUACCCUGUAUCCGGGAAGAAGAGUAAUCAACGGGGUGAUUUUGUGGUGGUAUGAAUAAUGAAUGGCAAGUGAAAAACAAUUCUUGGUGCAAAAAGCCAUCACUGGUUCAAUACAUGUAGAUAGAUUCAGUGUAAUAUUUAUCCAAAAUUAUAAAGGAGACCCUCUAUUUACCGUUUCCUUGUA